AUGGCGGCGGCGGAGGGUGAUGAGGCGCCGUUGGAGGCAGCCGAGGCUGCGAAGAAGGCCGAGGAGGAGAGGAUGAUCAGGCUUCUCGAGAAGUGUCACGAGGAGAGGAUCCGGUUCGGCAUCACGGCGGAGAGCCAGGCAGCGGCGUCGGCAGAGGUGGCCGAGGCGGUGCGCUUGGACGCUGCGGCGGACGAGGCGGAAGAGGAGGCGGAGGCGGACAAGGCGGAGGAGGUGGCUGCCGUGGCGGCGCUGGCGGCUGCCGAGGUGGCGAGGGCGGAGGCCAGGGCGGCGCAUGCGGAGGCCAGGGCUGCGUUUGAGAAAAUCAAGGCGUCGCUAGAGGCGGCGGCGGCGGCACUGAGCGGGACCGGGUCGGCGUUGGAGGGGAGCGAGACAGCGCUCGAGGAGGCGGCGGCUGCUGCGGAGGCGAGGGGUGCCGCUGCGGCCGCGUCGAUGGCCAGGGCGGUCGAGGCGGAGAAGAAGCGCGCCAAGGGCAAGAAGGGCAAGAAGAAGAAGAAGGGCGGAGGGGCGGGCGCGGCUGGGCCGUCGCAGGAGACGGAGGAGGGCGCCGAGGCGCCGUUGGAGGCAGCCGAGGCUGCGAAGAAGGCCGAGGAGGAGAGGAUGAUCAGGCUUCUCGAGAAGUGUCACGAGGAGAGGAUCCGGUUCGGCAUCACGGCGGAGAGCCAGGCAGCGGCGUCGGCAGAGGUGGCCGAGGCGGUGCGCUUGGACGCUGCGGCGGACGAGGCGGAAGAGGAGGCGGAGGCGGACAAGGCGGAGGAGGUGGCUGCCGUGGCGGCGCUGGCGGCUGCCGAGGUGGCGAGGGCGGAGGCCAGGGCGGCACAGGCGGACGCCAGGGCAGCGUUGGAGGAGGCCGAGGCGGCGUUGGAGGAGGCCAAGGCGGCGUCGCACAGGGUCGAUUUGGCGUUCGAAGGGAGCGAGACAGCGCUCGAGGAGGCGGCGGCCGCUGCGGAGGCAAGGGGUGCCGCUGCGGCCGCUUCGAUCGCCAGGGCGGUUGCAGCCAGGAUGGCGGCGGAUGCGGCCCAGGAGCGCUCGUAG